AUGCCCGACAUGCAGGAGCCCAUGUCCGCCGCGUGGGGCCUCGUCCUCAGCGCCGCCGACUGGGCCAAGCUGCGCGCCGGCCUCGCGGCCCGCGACAUGGACGACCGCUGGCGCUUUGUGGUGGACGCCGCCGACCGGUCGGGGGUGGUCACCAUCCAUGUGCGGCGGAGCUGGACGGGCACCGAGCUGUACGCGCUGCACGUGCAGCCAGGCGUCGACGGCGCGCCCGCCCGCGUCGUGGCCAUCACCUGGGAGCAGAACAAAAACGGCAUCCUCAUCACGGAGGAGCAGGCCAAGCUGGAGGUCGCCGUUCUGAGCCGGUCGCAGCUGGGGUGCGACUUGGAGCGGCUGCCCGACUACGAUCCGGACCUGGUCUGGAACCAUCCGAACGCGCGGCUCGACAGAAACAUCAAUUGA